AUGAACCAAAAAAUAAACGACACCAACAAAGUCAUCCAUUCUCGAAGUGUUUCGAAAAAGAUGGUCGCAACAUUUGUGUCAAAAGCGGGUCAUGUUGCAACAAUUUCUCUUAAUGAGCAAGGAACUGUUACUGCGGAUUGGUAUACCAUCAUUUGUUUGCCAAAAGCCAUCACCGAGCUUCGGAAAAUCAACCCCGAAAGAAGAAUCAUCCUCCACCAAGUCAAUGCAAGCUCGCACACUGCCCAAAAGACAAGGCAGUAUUUAACGGAUGAAAACGUGGAAUUAUUGGACCAUCCUCCAUAUAGUCCCGAUCUAAGUCCUAACGAUUUCUUUACUUUCCCGAAAAUUGAAAACAGACUGCAUGGUCAAAGGUUCCAGUCACCAGAAGAAGCAGUUGACGCAUUCAAAAAUGCCGUUUUGGAUCUGCCAGCAAACGAGUGGAAUAAGUGCUUCGAAAAUUGGUUAAAGCGCAUGCAGAUGUGUAUUAAUCUUCGUCGAGAAUACUUCGAAAAACAAUACAUUUAA